UGUCAUGUGAUGAUUCGUUAAAUACAAUAUUUUUAAAAAUUUUAAUGUUGCGCUCUUCCGUUUUUCUAGCAACAGCUAGUUUGGUAGAGGUCGCGGCGGGUAUAUAAAGGAUAAAGGGGAAAAAAAAUUUUUGAUAUAGAAGAAACCAUGGCAACCAAGCAGACAAAUGGCUGUCAUUAGAAAAAGAAAUGGCGUUUCAUUUCUUGUAAGUGUUUUUCGUUUUUCUUCGUGACAGUCGGUUGUAAAAAGUUGUAAAAAAUGCCGAAUUAUUGUUGUGUCCCGAUGUGCACUUCUGGUUAUGUAAGAAAGGGAACUGUCCCAGAAAAAGUUGCGUUGUUCUCGACAAAAGACAAAAAAAUGCAAAAACUUUGGAUGAAAUAUAUCCCUAGAAAAAAUUACAUAUUCACUGACAAGUCGAGGGUUUGCUCCCAUCAUUUUGCAGAUUGUGACAUAGACAAAGGGUAUUUCUUGACUGUUGCAGGACAACAAGUUUUCCAGGAACGGAAAAGAUGGAUACUGAAACCGUGUGCAAUUCCUAAGAUAUUUCCUAAUUGCCCAUCUCACAUGACAAAAGUCACAUGCAGCCAAAAAAAAAAAAUUGAUACCAAGUCUAGAGAUCAACCACUUCACGUAGCAACUACUGUGACAGAUGCCAAGGAAUCUGUUGGGGAAGGUGCAAUUCCUAAGAUAUUUCCCAAUUGCCCAUCUUACAUGACAAAAGUCACAUGCAGCCAACAUGAAGCACAUGAAGCUCAACAUAUGCCAUUACAAGAAACUGAGAAGGCCCUUUAUUGCAUGGUUGACUUAGGGAAAUUGAACAUCCUGGACUGGUUUGAAAGAUCGAUGGAAACUCUGGGUGUGAUGGUGAAGGAAAGUAAAUUCAAUCCCACCAUUUGCUGCAACACACACCGGAAGGAACUUGUCGGAAAAUUAGUUUUGGAGUAUUUAAUCAUCAGAAAUUACCUGGAAACUAAAAAGUGGGUUAAAGAAUUCAGUCAACAAUCAAAGUCAAAAUCACUGCGUAAACAAGCUAAAGUGAUCUCUUAGUCUCUUUUUCUUUGUUUCAUUUUACCGUACUGCCGUUCUUAGUUUCUUACUGACUAAUGUACAGUUGAAGAAACAAUUCAAGCAAUAAAACGCGUUCAAAAUGUGUUA